UCUGCAGCAGCUAGAGGCGCUCUGCUGUUUGUUGCCUUUACAAGCAAAGAUUCUCGCCCCUGGACCCGUGUCUCUGCCUCCUUCCGGGUGGCUGCAGCCGAAUACUCACGUGUUGUGGAAUCUCAGCGCCAUGCCUUUCAGCAGCAGAAGGGCCACCAACACCCUCAACAACAGCAACCGCUGCUUCUACCCAGCGUAUCGUUUCGAGAAUUCGAUUGCGAAGCGGACGGUGACUCGGCUGCUCUCUGUUCUGAAGCAUUGGGUGUAAAAGAGUUCCCGACAUUUUUGCUUCUGCAGCAGCCUGCUGACACUGCCGCUGCUGCCGCAUCAGUAGAUGUGGUGUAUACAUACACUCCAGAGGAGGCGGCAGCAGUAACGGAAGCUGCUGUGGUUGCCGCCUUCAGUCCAACAGUUUUCCCGCGCCCCAAGGCAUUCGUACAGUUCCUACUGCGAUACGCCUCACCCUUCUCUGCAGCCUCAGAAAUCAUUCACAAAGCAGCAGAGACACCUGCAGACGCAAGACUGACCAGUCUUAGAGGUUCCUCCUGUGUUGUGCAGGUCUGGAGCCGCGAUUCGGUUAAUCUUUUGCAUUUUGACGCUCAGAUAGGCAGUUCAGCUCCCUCCUUUCUGCUGUGUUUACCGCCAGAGACAGAAGCCGCGUCGAUGAUCUCUGACGAUGCAGCAGUGCCUGUUCCUGCCGCUGCUUCUGCUGCAUCUGAUGCAGCAGCAGAGAGGCAUGCUGCACUGACCACGUUUGUGCGGAGCUCCUGCGCAUCUCUUCGAAAAAAUCUAUUCCUCUUUUCAACGGAUCUGCAGCUUUGCUCCCAGUUCACCAGGGACGAAAGUAGUAGCAGCAGCAGCAGCGCCGCAACCAAAGACUUCGUCCUUUUAGCGCUGCAGCCCCUUGCUGCAGCCGAUACGGAUGAGCAGCAAGGCACUGGCGGGUCUAGUGACUCAGCGGUGGAGAGGCAGCAGCAGCAGGAAUUGACCAUUUGGCUGCGUGAACAAUGGAAGAACAGCCUGGAGAGAAAGCUCGCCCUUGAGGCCGUUGAGAUCCUCAGCACCCACCGCAGCAGCAAAAACAUUUGCAUGCCCCUUUUGCGAGCUCAGGUUUACGAUUUCUUUGCUCCAGUCAUGAAUGGCGGCUGCAGACACGCGGGAGCAGUUGCAAGUGACCUUGUUGAGUCGGCAGCAACAGGUGCACCAGCUGCGGGCGCUGCUGUAGCGACAGCAGCUGCAGUGGAGCAGUUUCUAGAGGUCUAUCAGCACCCCGUUUUAGCCUUCAUUUCCGAGGAAAAUUUCCUCGCGCUUCGGCUAGCUGAGGCAACAGCGGACCGCCGAGGAGGCUGCCUGCUCGUGAGCCUCGCUGUUAAUGCUGCAGCGGCAGCUGCAGCCUCGGCGAACGCUAAUAAACUAGCGGGUGUUGUUGUAGAGGAGCAGCAGGAGCUAGGAGUCGGUGCGGAAGAGGUCUCUAGCAGCAGCCCUGCGAUGAUUGCCGCAUACGAUAUAUUCGGGGUGUCUGAACAGCUGCAGCAGCGGCUGCAGCGGGAGGACAGGAUGCAGCAGGCGGCUGCGCUCAUGAUGAAGCAGGCACAGCACCAGGUGCAGCAAUUUUAUUCUACGAUCACUAGCGUAACGUACAAGCCUCUUUUUGAGGCAGCGGCAGCAGCUGCGUCAGCAGAAGCAGCAGGAGACCCCGAAGAAGCAGCGAGAGCAGCAAACGUGGUGGCAGCGCCACUGAACAGAAAGCCGUUUUGCUUUGCAUUGCUUGAUGGCGUUUCUUUUGGGGAUGUUUUGGAAUCCUUUGGGGUCUAUGCAACCGCAGAAUUGCCGGCUGUCAUUGUGUUUUCUCCCGUCUUCGUGGUGGACAAAAAGCCCUCCCUUGCCUUCUUCCAGCAGCAGAGGCAGCAGAGCGAACAGCAAAGCGAGAUGGGCUGGGGUUUGUCGCUCAUGGAGCCAGCUUUCUAUCUCAGAGACAGAUGGCGUUUGACGCUUGAAAGCCUUGAAGGGCAGCUGCAGCAGGACCUGGAGCACCUGCAGCAGCAUGCCGAAGGAUACGACUGGUGGCGUGAAGGAACUUGGCUUAGGAGAAUUGUCGGGCAGCUGAUUGUGCUGCCCUUGAGACGGCCUGCUGUGGAGUUUCUGUACGCUGGGGUGUAUAGCCAAGUGGCAACCGCUGUAUGGGUUGCCUGCUGCCUCCUCCUGGCCCUUAUUGUUGGCCUCCUCGUUUGCUGCAACAUUUGUGACUGGGAUGCCCUCGCUGUUGAAGCAGCAGCAGCAGCCAGAGCAGCAGCAGCAGCUCGCCAAACUGCCAUUGCUCUCUGCAACACAGAUUACACCUCAGCAGACAGCAGAGCCAGCAGCAAUAGCAGCAGCACCAACAACAGCAACAGCAACAACAGCAACACCAACAGAAACACCAACAGAAACACCAACAGAAACACCAACAGCUGUACCAGAAACAGUAGCAGAGACGGUAGCCACAGCAGAAGCACCAGUCCUCACCGACGUGACGAGAGGCAAUGUGGAAUUUCUUGCUGGAGCGCUGAUGGCGCGAAUCGGGUAGUUGCGGGGGAGAAGGAGUUGCAGCUUCUUCAAGAGGCUGUAGCGACAGCAAACGCUGCACUGACUGCUCUGGACUUGUCUCAGCGGGGGCACCCCCCUCGAGACAGCUGCACAGUGCUCGUCAGGAAUUAUGGCACUGGCAGCAACACAAGUCAUGCCAGCAGCAGCAGCGAACGAUUUCUCCAGGUUCUGCCAGUUUGCCUCCCUUUCUUGUCAUUGGAGGAGCGCAUUGGGGGCAUAUCUUUGGUGAGUCGUGGAUGUCUGCGUGCCGCAUGGGAUGCCCCCAUAGAAACUGCAGACUUUUGUUCGGCUAAGACUCCUCGUGCACCUGUCAGGAGCAGCAGCAGCAGCAGCAGCCGCAGCAGCAGUAACAGCGGUGUGACACAGCAUGGCAGCACAUCUUCGCAAGCCAAUACGAGCUGUACGAACAGCACCAGUAAUCGCAGUCCGAUGCCUUCACCCUCCGCAGUCUCAGCGAAUUCUCCCGAUUCGGUGACAGCGACGGCAUCCUUGACGCCUCGAUCCACGCAUCUUCUGGGGGGGGCCGAUUUGCUCUUGCUGCCUUCUUUUAGCAGCAAAUUGGCAUCGCGGCUGCGACGCCGUCGGUGCCCUCGUCUGUCUCGUCUGACUCUGGCAUUCGAAAGCACAGACUUGUGUUUGCUGCUGCCAAGACUUCAGAGGAGCAGCAGCUGCUGUUUGUGUGGCUGCUGCACAUGCGACUACAUUACAGCGGGGACGGUAGCUGCUGAAGCAGCUGCUGACCAGCAGAAUCCUGCAGUGGCUGCUGCUGCUGCCACAGAUGCCGUUGCUGCCUCCCCGGGAGAGUCAUUUGCAUGCAGGCAGAAGCUGCAAGGGCUUCGGGGAGUGAAGUCGCUUACCCUUAUCGACUUGAAGUCACCUGCUGCCAUUCAAUCUUUGCAAGCGUUUGCCUUUCCGCAGCUGCAGAAGCUGACACUGGGCAUCCUUCCACCCGCAACAGCGGCGGAUGUGUUGCACUUGCUGCUGAUGGUGCUGGCGAACGGUGCAGUGCAUGCAGCAGCAGCAGGCAGCAGCAGCCGGCAAGGAGCCGUGGAAGAGUCUUUAGGAGGAUUGUUGCAGCAGCAGCAGGAGGCAGAGCACCUCCUAGAAAUUGCGGCUGCGCUGCUCGAGAGCCCUUUGCUUUGCGCCGCCGCCGCAGCAGCAGCAGCAGCAGCGGCAGCAGCGGGAGAGGCUACGAUCGACCGCAAAGCAGCAGCUGCAGCUACAGCAGCAGAGGGGCGAGACGGGGGGGGCAGAGGGCGUGCUGCCGUUCCAGGAGAGGGGGGAGGGGAGUUCAGCAUUCCAGAAUCGAGAGCGGCGUUUUUGUUCGCUGCAGCACCGUUGCAAGAGAUUCGUUUCGCUGGAGCUUGCAGCCUCACCAGCGCAGACUUGUUGCGGGCAUUGCGCCUUCUCCCACAUCUUCGCGUGCUGGAAUUGACGUGUGGAGCCAGCAGCUACGGCAGGGAUCUGCCGCUGCAGCUGCCAGCGGUACAGGUUCUGUCGCUAGCUGUGCACCCCUUGCUGUCGUGGGAGGUGGAAGCUCCUUCGUUACAGCUGCUGCGGCUACGGCCUCCCGCUACACCCCCCUGCAGCAGAAACAGCGGCAGAACUGAUGCUCCGUUGAGCUCCACCGACAUGCAGCACCUCGUUGAUACUGCCGUCGCCUUCGCUGGCGCCCUCUCCGAAAGCAGCAAGCGACUCCUCCUGGUGUACAUACACCUCAGCGACGCGCACUGCAGGGGCAGCGGCGGCAGGGGCAGCGGCAGCAGCGCCAAGAAAUGCUGUGGCACUCCUGGCUGCUCGUGCAAUAGCAGCAGUAGCAGUAGUAUCAGUGUAAGCAGUAGCAGGAGUAGUGGAGACUUAGCGCUGCUGCGACACGCUGCCUUCCUGCAAAAACUAGCGGCGAAAAGUCUGGAAGCCUCUAGGGGCAUGGCUAGCAAGAGCGCACCCAGGUGCUGUGUCGUGGUUGGGCGUACACUUGGAUACGUCUUUGAAAAUCAUCGCCUCCCUUUCCGUAGAGUGGCGCGAUGCAGCGACGGCAGCAGCAGUAGCAGGAACGAUGGCAGCAUUGGAACCGCUCAUAAGGAUGCCUCUGCAGCAACAGAUUGGGAGGGGUUGCUGUCAGUCAGUGAAUUUCGACAGCUGACACAUAGCUUCAAUGCGCUGCCCGCUUCUGCGGCGGAGGGGCCCUUACUCUUAGAGGGAUGGGGAGGCCUCGAGAAGUUGGCAGUGGCUGCCCUUAUCUGA